GAAGCGUUUCCAGAGCUACCCUCCCUGGGAAUUGGCCAUGUGCUUUUCCCUCAUCGUGAUGGCCAUGCUUCCUCUCCCCAUCGUCUUCAACGCCCGCCACUUCAACCUGAUGUCUGAUGGCUCCAACAAGUUGUCCGUCUCCUAACGCAAGAGCAUGAUGAAGGACAUCUCCAACCUGGAGGAGGUGGACGAGAUGCACUUCAUCCUGGGCAAGAACCCAAGAGAGACACCUUUGCCCAAGCCCCCGUCCCAAGCCAACCUAGUCCCCCCAGGCACCAAACCCCUGGAGAACUCCAACUCCUCGUCCGCCAACAGCUGCUACCGGACGGGCUACCAGAACAACAUCAGCCCCAUAACCUCCACCACCCCCGUCACCCCCACUGUCCCUGAGUUCGACUCAUGAUCACUGUCUAUACUCUUCAUGUUCCUGCCCCUAGCCUGCCCCUAAACCCCUAACAAUCACCCUCCUACAGGCCAACUCACAUUUAACCCUACAGAGUCUCACCACCAGAGGGACCUGCAGCGCUGCCCAAAACACGUCCACCCUCACGCUAUGAGUGACCCUAGUCAGAGGACACCCCUCUCCCCCUCUCCAACAGACCCAGAUGUUAGAGUUUACCGCAGCAGGGGCUGCUUUGACAAGGAAUCACAUGGUCAGGCGUCUGAGAUAUUACAGUGGUGUGUAUCUAUCCCGAAUGGAGUGUAUUCAGUGCUGGACACGCAGUAUGUUCUGGUCUAGAGGCCAGGCAGCAGUAUUCUUAUUCUGCUCUGCUCUGCUCUGCUUAUUGCAGACACAGUUUAGGGGAAUGUAGAGAAAAUCAUAUUUACGUUGGCAUUAAGUGAAACUGAAUGUGAGUAUCUAUACAGUGCAUUCGGAAAGAAUUCAGACUUUUUCCACAUUUUAAGUUACGGCCUUAUUCAAAUGCUGUAACUUGUUAUUGUCCUCAUCACUCUAUGCACAAUACCCCAUAAUGACAAAGCGAAAACUGUUUAUUAUAAAUGUCUGCAAAUGUAUUAAAAAUAAAAAAACAGACCCUUUGUUAUGAGACUCAAAAUUGAGCUCUGGUGCAUCCUGUUCCGAUUGAUCAUCCAUGAGAUGUUUCUACAACUUGAUUGGAGUCCACCUGUGGUAAAUUCAAUUGAUUGGACAUGAUGUGGAAAGGCACACACCUGUCUAUAUAAGGUCCCACAGUUGACAGUGCAUGUCAGAGAAUAUACCAAGCCAUGAAGUCAAAGGAUUUGUCCGUAGAGCUCCAAGACAGGAUUGUGUCGAGGCACAGAUCUGGGGAAGGGUACCAAAAAAUGUGUGCAGCAUUGAAGGUCCCCAAGAACACAGUGGCCUCCAUCAUUCUUAAAUUGAAGAAGUUUGGAACCACCAAGACUCUUCCUAGAGCUGGCCGCCCGGCCAAACUGAGCAAUCAAAGGGAAGGGCCUUGGGCAGGGAGGUGACCAAGUACCCAAUGGUCACUCUGACAGAGCUCCAGCUUUCCUCUGUGGAGAUGGGAGAACUUUCCAGAAGGACAACCAUCUCUGCAGCACUCCAUCAAUCAGGCUUUAAUGGUAGAGUGGUCAGACAGAAGCCUAAAUUCCAAACGUCACAACUGGAGGAAGCCUGGCGCCAUCUCUACGGUGAAGCAAGAUGGUGGCAGCAUCAUGCUGUGGAAUGUUUUUCAGUGGCAGGCACUGGGAGACUAGUCAGGAUCGAGGGAAAGAUUAAAGGAACAAAGUACAGAGAAAUCCUUGAUGAAACCUCAGGCUGGGGCGAAGGUUCAUCUUCCAACAGGACAAUGACCCUAAGCUCACAGCCAAGACAACGCAAGAGUGGUUUCGGGACAAGUCUCUGAAUGUCCUUGAGUGACCCAGCCAGAGCCCAGACUUGAACCAGAGCGAACCUGAAAAACCUGAAAAAACCUGAAAAAAGAGACCUGAAAAUAGCUGUGUAGCGACGCUCCCAAUCCAACCUGACAGAGCUUGAGAGAAUCUGCAGAGAAGAAUAGGAGAAACUCCACAAAUACAGGUGUGCCAAGCUUGUAGCGUCAUACCCAAGAAGACUCAAGGCUGUAAUCGCUGCCAAAGGUGCUUCAACAAAGUACUGAGUAAAGAGUCUGAAUACUUAUGUAAAUGUGGUAUUUCUGUUUUAUUUUUAAUACAUUUGCCAAAAUAUCUAAAAACCUGUUUUUGCUUUGUCAUUAUGGGGUAUUGUGUGUAGAUUGAUGAAGGAAAAAAAUAUGCAAUACAUUUUAGAAUGAAGGUGUAACGUAACAAAAUGUGGAAAAAGUGAAGGGCUCUGAAUAUUUUCAGAAUGCACUGUAUAUAUUUGUGGCAGGUUUGAAUCCUUUUAAGCUGUGCAGUCCCCCAAAAUAAAGGUAAUAUUAAAUAGCAGUCCUCUAUAUCAUAUGAUAGAGUGUAGUUAUGCUUUCCCUAGAUUUUAUGUAGAACGUUUCUUUGUAAUUUAGUGUGCCACUGAAGCACUUGAAGAGACGACUGCUCUUGACACGCCUUCUUUCGUUUCAAUGCUCUACCUGCUUCAGCUAAGUGUUUAGCGGCAGGAAGAAUGUUGAUUGGCAUUGGUUACAAUGCCAACAUUCCAGAGGGAUCUGUAUAUUUUGAAAGACUAUGUGCAAGGCUGCUGUAAAGACACUGUCUUCAUUGUCUAUUUGAUAGCAUUCAUGCUAGGCUCUUCACAUAAGCACCACUGUCUCAUCUAGUGUCAGUGUCCUACUGUAUCUUGUCUACUUCAAGCCAAUAGUCUCCAUGUUCAUCAUGUAGGAGUUAUAUAGUGUGAUACUCCAGGCCAAGCAUACAGUAGCUAGUGUCUUAGAAACUUCAGUACCUCCACCAACGAGUCUGCCUGUCGACUAAGUCCUGUACAUACACCAUGGAGAAGAAUGAACAGAUCACAAUCACUUUCAGAGCAGAAAUCCAGGGAGAAACGCACUGUAUAAUGUGCUGCUAUUGAUGUAGACGCUGAAAGAGGACUUGUCCAGUCACUACAAAUAGCACAGAUGAAGAGUACAAAAGGAGUCCCUCCCAGGCACAAAACCUUUUUGAUGAUCUCAUAUUAUGAGAAAUCGUUGCAAUAAAUUACUACCAAGCAUAUAAAAAUGUAUUGACAUAACCUUCUUACAAAUAAUUCAUCGGCACAAGAAAGACUGUAGUAUUUAUAGGCACAAAUUGGAAUGUAUUACAGCAGAUGUGAUGAUUAAGGAGCUUUGACCCAAUCUGAUCGAAGUCUGACUGACUUCCAAUAGUUGAUCCUCAAAUCUCUAUUUACUGAUACUCAUGAGCAGAAUGGCAGUGCUUCAUGCUUAGUAUGUAAGUGUGUCUUAAUUUAAACCAAGAGCACAGUUCUCCGUUGGACAAUUUCAACCCUCUUACAGAAGUGAAGUAUUAAAACCAGAUAGAGAACUCACACAAACACACAGUGCUAGUUUAAUAUCUGCCAAGACCUUUUCCCACAAGUAUUUACACAGUUUCAUCACACAGAUUGCAAAGCUUUUACUAUUCGUUGUUGCCAUAACAAACAAAAAAAGUACAUUUGACAAUCUGAAAUGGCAGGGAAGGAAGGAAGGAAA